CGGUACCAGUGGCACCGAGGAACUCGGUACCAACGGAGGUCUCAUCUUCGGAAGCGAGAACCGCGCUCUCUUCGCCGUCGUCCGAACGACGACCACGUUACACACGCCCACGAUCACGAGUCGACCUGGGCUAAGUGCGCGUAUAAAACCGAUCCUGGUCACCUGGACUAUCGAGUAAGCCUGGCCACGGUGUCGAGUAAACACCGCGAAGGAGCACAGUCCAACAUCCACGUUCCGUUUCUGAAGGAUCCUCGUGCACCGUAGCUGGAGGAUCGACCAGCUCUCGCAUCGCCUGUCCAACCCGUUCCGUUGAACCACGGGGUGCGAAGAAGCAAGUUGCUCGAGGGGUGGAAGCAUCAGAGACACGUGUCGUGUUGCCAGAGAAUGCGGCUGAUAGCGAAUCGGCGGUGAAUCGAUCGAAGGGAAACGAGAGUCCUCAGUUGGUCGUUCGCCGUGUCACCUGGCUGACAUCCAGUGCACUUUGUGCAUCACGUCUUAAGACGGAGAGACGUUAUCGCGCUUUCGCAUGCCACGAAGUGGUCACACCGCGAACACAGCCAUGUUUCGACGGAGCAGAGCCAGGACGAUAGUCCUGGUCGGCCUGGUGUUGCUCACGCUCCUCGACACCAUCAACAGCAUCCCCUACAAGCGGUCUCUGGUCAGGCUGUGUUCGAAGGACCUCAGCGACGCCUUGUACCUGGCGUGCAAGGAUCGCGGGUACAACGAGCCGUUCUCGUACAGCGGAGAAGACGACCCUAAGGACUCUGUGGGUCCGGGUCUCGCGGAGGAGUGUUGCUACCAUCAGUGCAGCUAUUCGCAACUGGAACAGUACUGCAAGCCUAACAGGACCAAUCCUACGGACGCCGUAAAGAGUCCGCUCUGGAUAGAAAAAUACCCGUACCCGUCUGCAAGGCCGGCAGCCUCGUCGUCGGAGGAGGAGAGAUCGAGGUCGGACAUCGUCGACUACGUCCACGGCACGAUCAAGUGUAGGAUCCAUGGGUCGAAGGGAGCACGCAGGAAGGGGUCUAACGCGGAGGACGACGCCAGUGGCUGCGAUGGGAGAAACUCGCUGAGAAGGCAUCGCAUCGGCCAUUGCGGCUGCAGGCAUCGACGACAGAGGCGUCGUCGUCUUGGCAAGAUGCUUGAAAGGUCAUCAGUCGACAGAACAUCUAGACACGAAGCCUUGGACACGCCAGUGUCGUCGAACGGAGGCAAGUAAUUCCUCCUGGAACCGAGCUGCCAAGAAAGGGGUAGACCGGGAGAGGUCGCGAAGA